AUGUCCUUGGUGGCCCAAGAGUACAAGACCAAGGUCUACGACGAGUUCGUGGUGCGAGGCAACACUGCCGUUUUGCAGUGUCAGAUGCCCAGUUUUGUUCGAGAGGACGUAGAGGUCACCGGCUGGCUCCGCGAGGACGGCUUCUUCAUCCAACCAGGAGUUUACGAAACGAAUGCCAGCCUUAGACACCGGGUGGUGUCCCCUUCAGGCGAGCUGCUGGUUCGCAACGUCAGCUCGGCUGACGACGGCGUCUCGUAUCGCUGCCAGACCAGGCACAAGCUCACCGGCAGCGUCAAAGAAAGUGACACUUCGGGACGCAUCAUAGUCAACCUGUCGACAGGACCUUUUCAACCAAGACAUAUCUUUACACGAUCAGCUUUGUCCGUCGACGAAGGAAGCACUGCCGAGCUGGUUUGUGUCGCACAUGGCUACAGCGUUCCGGAGUACAGGUGGUACAAACUAUCCGGUGGCGGAGUGGACAGGCAUGAACCCAUUCCUAACAAAGGCGGUCGUGUUAGGGCCCAAUCAGACACGCUCCUAAUCCACCGUUGCAGCACAUCCGACUCGGGGCGCUACCUCUGCGUGGCCAACAACACCCUCGCCUCAGAGCCAUUCACCGUGACGCUGAACGUGCAUGCUCCCCUUUCAGCGGUCGUUCAGCCGGACUGGCAGACGGUGGACUUGGGCGGCACAGCUACCUUCAACUGCAUUCCCUCUGGCAAUCCUGUCUCCACAAUGGUGUGGAUCAAAGACGGCAAGGCACUGCGGCCUGGAGACGCAGGCGUGCAGGUUUCGCCUGAUGGCCGCUCCCUGAUGGUGCAGUCUGUCUCCAGAGAAGACGCCGGUAUUUAUCAAUGCCUUGUGCGAAAUGAGCGGGACUCUGCACAAGGCACUGCGUGGCUCAAACUUGGAUUUUCUGCCCCCUCGUUCCUGUCAGUCUUCUCGGAGCAAUCGACCAACACUGGCCGUAGGAUAUCGCUGCAGUGCUCGGCGACGGGAAGCCCGCUGCCUCGCAUUUCGUGGGCACUAGACGGAGCGUCCUUACCGGAAGCUAAAGCAUUGGUGGCGCUUCCUGGUCAUGUUUCCAGUUUCAUCAACAUCAGUGCAGUGAGACUGGAGCAUGGUGGUCUUUACAGCUGCCGGGCGUCCAACGCCGCCGGAAUGGUGGAGCAUGCCGCCCGGCUUAACGUGCUCGGCCCGCCCCUGGUGCGGCCCAUGGCACCCAUAAGCGCAGUGGCCGGUGAAUCACUCCGACUGGAUUGUCACUAUUCCGGAUAUCCUGUAGAGGGGAUUUCUUGGACACGAGGUUUCAUCAAACUGCCGUCAAGUAAGCGACAAGAAGUGCAACGGGACGGCAGCCUUGUAAUCAGUGAAGUGCGUCAGUACGAAGACAAUGGCACCUAUACCUGUCACGUGACUGGACCUCAAGGGAAGAGCGCCAAUGGCAGCGUGCAAGUUAAUGUCCGUGUGCGGCCGACCAUCGCCCCUUUCUCGUUCCCGAGCGGCCUACAGGCUGGAAUGCGCGCUCGCCUCGGCUGUACCGUAAUCUCCGGGGAUCCGCCUUUCGAGUUUGGCUGGCGCAAGGACGAGAUGCCACUGGAUGCGGAAUUGGGCGUCCGUGCGCAGACAGACGCCUUCUCAAGUGACCUGACCUUCACAAGCCUCAGCAUUAGGCACAACGGCAACUACACCUGUGUUGUCACCAACGCAGCCGCCACUGCCAGCCACAGCGCGCUGCUCGUCGUUCAAGUGCCGCCGCAAUGGGUGAUCGAACCUACGGAUGCCUCAGUGCUGCUAGGACACAGCGUGCGCAUGGACUGCUGGGCAGAUGGCUACCCUCUCCCCGCCGUAACCUGGGAGCGAGAAACCUACUUGUACGGAACACCUGGAUUUAUUACCAUAACCGCGGGGACGGAUUACGAAAUUUACGCAAACGGUUCGCUGCUUGUCAAAAAUGCUCAAGAGCAAAGCGCUGGACGCUACAUUUGCCAAGCAACGAACGGGAUCAGGUCGGGGUUAAGCAAGCUUGUUCACCUGAAAGUUCAUGCUGGGCCCUCUUUCGCCAGCAAGUUCCGAAGCGAAGCGGUUCGACGAGGUGACGUGGCCCAUCUCCAUUGUAAGGUCCAGGGCGAUCCAACUAUAGCACUCACCUGGGCCAAGGAUGGCGAAGCCAUUGGGCCGCCCUCCAAAAAUCCGCGCUACGUUUUCCGAGAGGAAGCUCGGCCUUCCACAAAAGAGGCUGCCUCGCUGUUUCUGAUCAAAAAGGUGGAGCGUCAAGAUGCUGCACUGUUCACCUGCCACGCCUCGAACUCGUACGGCACUGAUAACCUCAACAUAAAGCUCAUCGUGCAAGAACCACCAGAGCCACCGACUAUUCUCAAGGCCAGUGACGUAAAAAGCCGCUCAUUCAAGCUCAGCUGGACGCCUUCAGUAGGAACCAGCAACGCCGCAUCUAAAUACCACGUAGAGUGCACAUCCGACACAGGUAAAUCCCUCAACACUUCAGUCGAAGGAACGAAAACACUGGCAUCUGUGGGGCCUCUUCGACCUGCUUUUACUUACCGCUGCCAUGUUCGAGCGGAAAACGACAUUGGCAUCGGCGACCCCAGCAAGGAUCUGGAAGUGACCACAGCUAUUGAAGCUUUGGCGAAGGAAACAACAGUGCCGGGAGGCCCCCCACUUGAGGUGAGAGCUGUCGCGGUGGACUCGCAGACCAUCCGGGUAACAUGGAAGCCACCCGAACGAGAGUUAUGGCACGGCGAGUUGAAGGGAUACUACGUGGGUUACCGCCUUGACCAGCCAGGUGACCCGUACCUAUACAAGACGCUGCAGCUCGAUCAGCACCAGGAUGACUUAGCCAAGGUUGUGCGCACCGAGGUACUGCUGUCUCCACUGCGCAAGUUCUCGCCCUACCUGGUGCUCGUGCAAGCGUUCAACGCUGCUGGACCGGGACCACGCUCCGAUGAGGUUCUGGUCUCUACACUCGAUGACGUUCCCAGCCAGGCUCCUCAAGAGGUUCAGUGCUCGCCGUUGAGCUCGGAGUCGAUCCGCGUUACGUGGCAGCCACCACCCAAGAGCGCCAUCCACGGCUACCUACAAGGCUACCGCAUCUGGUACGCGCAGCUACCAGCCCCACGAGGUAAAGAGCGAAUUGUAACGAUUGCCUCCAAGGACAUUGACCCUGGUGACGCCUUGGUCUCGCCAUCAUUCAGUUGCGUCGGUAAAGGCAUUAUUCUCGCUUCCGGUGUAGUUCGGUUUCUCAAUGGUUAG